GUCGCUGGCACGCUAGUUUCAAUUGGCCACCAAUUUGAUGUGCCUGAUUUAGUGCUCAAAGAACUUUCAGCGAGGAGAAUUCAAGCGUUCACCAUAAUGGGUUGUUGUUGCAGUACUAGUAAAUCGGUGGACUUGCCGCCGGUUCCACCAGCACCCGGCAAGCAGCGCUCCACUCUUCCCGAAUUUCCCGUGUCAGGAUCCGUUACCACUUCUCAGCCAGGACCAGGAUUCAAUGGAGUCAGCAAUGCCGCUCUCGAGGACGACUAAAAGGAACUUUUAUAAGUAAACAAUUUUCAAGUGCUGAAAGCGAUUACGUCGAAGGGAAAAUUUUAGAUUGCCAAAUGGCAGAUUGGAUCAUGAGUCAUGGAUCAUGAGGGCUUGCCGGAAUUGCUUCUGUAUAGUCCGUAAAGUAAUAGUUUUAGUAAAAAAUUGUCUUUUAUUGUUUCAAAAUAAAAUGUUAUUUGUAAUUUAAA